GGGACGGACCGGGAUGACGUAGAGAGGAUGAGGGGGAGUGGUGGAGCACAGAUGUGAGUGUCGCCUCUGAUGAAGGGGACGUAUCUCCAGCUGGAUGGUAGGCUAUCUGUGAGCGGUACUCUAAUUGAAGCGACCACUCAGUUCAGUCUGAAAUCUACGUCGACGCAGGACAUAACAACGAAAGCCGUAUCGGUGGCUUUGGUGAAUUUAUGCCCAGAAUUAGCGACUCACAAAUCAUGACGUUUCUGUCCAUCACAAGCGCUAUUUAGCCAACGUUUAGCCAAGCAGUUGUAUUCGGCAGUGCAACAAAUUGGUUAACGUUGCAUUUGGAAGACUUCGCGACACGAACUCACAUAUACUGUUUUGGACCAUUUUCACUCGUUUUCACCUGUGAUUCAUAAUGACAACCACGGACGAGGAUAACCACGUACCAGAGGACCUGUCCUUAGAAGAGAGGGAUGAGUUGUCAAACAUACGGAGACGAAAGAAAGAGCUUCUGGAUGACAUUGAGCGGCUGAAGUUUGAAAUCGCUGAGGUGAUGACUGAGAUCGAGCAGCUGACCUGCGUGGGCGACAGCAAAACAACGCAGAGAAACAAACAGAUCGCCAUGGGCCGGAAAAAAUUCAACAUGGAUCCCAAGAAGGGCAUCCAGUUUCUCCUGGAGAACGACCUGCUGCAGCACACCCCCGAGGACAUCUCUCAGUUUCUGUACAAGGGCGAGGGCCUGAACAAAACAGUCAUCGGGGACUACUUGGGAGAGAGGGAUGAUUUCAAUCUCAAAGUCCUGCAGGCAUUUGUGGAGCUCCAUGAGUUUGCUGACCUCAACCUUGUGCAGGCGUUAAGGCAGUUUCUCUGGAGCUUUCGUCUGCCUGGCGAGGCCCAGAAGAUCGACCGUAUGAUGGAAGCCUUCGCCUCCCGAUACUGCCAGUGCAACCUCGGAGUUUUUCAGUCCACAGACACGUGCUAUGUGCUCUCCUUCGCCAUCAUCAUGCUCAACACCAGCCUGCACAACCCCAACGUGAGGGACAAGCCACCUGUCGAGCGCUUCAUCUCCAUGAACCGCGGCAUCAACGAGGGAGGUGACCUGCCUGAGGAGCUGCUGAGGAAUCUGUACGAGAGUAUCAAGAGUGAGCCUUUCAAAAUCCCAGAGGACGAUGGCAACGAUCUGACACACACGUUCUUCAACCCAGACAGAGAAGGCUGGCUGCUGAAGCUGGGUGGGAGAGUGAAAACCUGGAAGAGGAGAUGGUUCAUUCUGACAGACAACUGCCUCUAUUACUUCGAGUACACAACAGACAAGGAGCCCCGUGGCAUCAUCCCUCUGGAGAACCUGAGCAUCAGAGAGGUGGAUGAGCCCAGGAAGCCUAACUGCUUUGAGCUGUACAACCCCAACCACAAGGGCCAGGUCAUCAAGGCCUGCAAGACGGAGGCGGAUGGAAGGGUGGUGGAGGGCAACCACGUGGUCUACAGGAUAUCAGCCCCCACGCCUGAGGAGAAGGAGGAGUGGAUCAAAUCCAUCAAAGCCAGCAUCAGCAGGGAUCCCUUCUACGACAUGCUUGCCACCAGGAAGCGACGGAUCGCCAACAAGAAGUGAGACCCUUUGGCCGCCCAACGCUUACCCGACACUAACCCCUCUGGUCUCCCCUCUGCAUGCUCAGAGAUGACCCCGUGCCCAAACACACACACACACACACACACACACACACACACUCCACCCCCUCCCCCCCACACCGAGCACCAACAGCUGGCACGGACUCACGGGACGACCCGCUCCAAUCUGGAUGCCCUCUCUCUGAUCCUCACCCACCCCCUGGACAGUGACAAACUGGAGGCCAGCAGGGGCACGAUGGGACCAACUGCGGUGGGCAUCCCCAAAUCCCCCAUCUGCCCUACAUGUCGCCACGCUCCCCGCUCCCCGCACACAAACCCCACUGACUCAUGGGUGUCUGUUUAGUCUGCUCCACUCCUCUGUUUAUAGACAGUCCCAUCCUGUGUUUCUCUGAGUUCCAGGAGAAACAAAUUGUGGUUAAUCUCUUAUUUUGGACAUGCAUGCAUGUGUAUGUGUGUGUGUAUGUGUGUAUGUAUGUAUGUAAGUAUGUAUACAAAGGAAUGAUCGCAUAAGAGCUAAUGCUAACUAUAUUUGAUUGCUAUACCAAGUGUCGACUGGACUUCUCAUGUCUUGUUUCUGUGGUCUUCAGUCCCAGUCAUUCCCUGUGAGGGGUUUCCCACUGAGCUAGUGCUUUAUCUGAACCCACCUGAAUUAAGACAAAGCUAUCUCAGUCUGUUCUGUUUUCAGUGUGCCAGAGUAUGGUUGUCAUUUUUAUUAGUCGAACAAUCCUGGUACUCAAUACUACAAUUUUAAAGUCAGCUGGACUGAUUUCAGACCUUGUGUUAACAGGAAAUUGAUAUGUCCAUUACUUUGGGGGGAAGUUAGUAACCAGUGAAUUUAAGCUCAAUCCUUAGACAGCCAAAUCUACAGCGAGUGUCAGUAUGAUGUAUUGCCCCCCCCCCCCCCUUUAGUUUCCUAUUAAGAAAUUGCUUGCUGUUGUGUUUCCCAUAUGAAACAAUAUAUUUGAAUAUCUUUUCUAAAUAUUUAUUUUCUCUGUGAAAAAAUGUUCAGAUUUGACCAAUUAUUGUUAACUGUUAAACUAUAGACCUAAGUUAUGUGUACAUAAUGUAUAAAAAUUGUAUCUACUUUUUUUGUGGACUGUGUGUAUUACACUUGCAAUAUAUACAAGCCCUGUUGUCAACUCAAUUAGUAUGUGGCUGAAGUAGUGAAAUGAUGCAGUUCGUCGCCAUUGCCAAUGUCCUUUUCUAAUGGGCCCUGGCAGUAAGAGUGAGCUGUCUCAACUAAGGCCUCAGAUUGAGGUGUUUUGUCCAGCAGCCUUAAUCAUCACUAAUGUGAAAACAACAGUGUGAGGAAGCUUUUAUUUUCGAUAGAUGUUAUGAUUAUGAUGAUGAUACUGUAAUGAUGAUGAUUAUGAUGACUAUGAUUAUGCUAAUGAUUACAAUCAUACAGACAUUUCUGUCUUUCCUUCUUUCUCACUUCUAGUAGAUAUCUAAACGUUUGUAAAAUGAUAUGAGCCCGGUUACAGGGCAGACUAUAAGCCUCUACAGCCCCAUGGAGCCUUGAACUAGUCCACUUUUUUAAUGUCUGUAAAAGCUAUUGGUCAUACUGUACAUUACAUGUGAGAACAUAAAAAGAUUGAGAAAAGCC